AUGUACGGCAGGCUGCUGCGCUGCUUUACUUCCGGUAGCCUUGGCGGUGGUGUUGUAGAUUUCUUCAGUGCAUGCUUUUAUUCAUCAUUUUCCUCAAAGACCCAUCGCCUCGAAAGAAUCAUCCAUACUGGCGUCUGUCGGUCAGUGCUGCAGUUAGCCGACUCGCCCUGCAACACAUGUGCAACCACCUCGACGCUGUUUCUCAGACUUCGUUCCUGUUCAGCACGAGACAGACCCGCUUCUUCCAAUCUAGAGAAGGAACGCGUGCUCACCAUCCCCAAUGUACUAUGCGCGUUCCGCCUAUGCUCAGCACCGUGGUUGUCUUACCUGAUUGUCAACUCACUUUAUACGCAAACUUUCGUUCUGUUUGUAGCCGCAAGCCUGACUGAUCUGGCAGACGGCUACGUAGCAAGGAAGUUUCCUUCUCAAAGGUCGAUUCUCGGCAGCGUUCUCGAUCCUAUAGCAGACAAAAUUUUGGUAGCCUCUGUUUUCCUUUCGCUGACUUAUAAUUGUCUGAUACCGGUCCCUCUCGCAUUAUUGGUCGUCGGCCGUGAUGUUCUGUUGGUCAUCUGGGGUGCAUAUGUUCGCUACAUAUCGUUGCCAGCGCCAAGAAGAUUGAGAAAAUUUUUCGAUCCGACUUUGCCAACGGUUCAGAUAGAAGCAUCUCUUAUUAGCAAGGUAAAAUUCUAG